CUCACACGUGAUUGGAUCUUAGGCGGGACAUUUAUUGAAUGAAUAGCGGAAGUCGGGUAGACCGUGAGGCUGCAUUUUGACAGGUUUGAACGCAGAAUUAAGGGUCCCUUGUGAAUUCAAUCAGAAGGGCACACUGCUUGUAAACCAGCAUGGUGGAUUCUCAGUACUACCUCCCCAAUGACAUUGGGAUCUCCGUUCUGGAUUGUGCCGAGGCCUUCCGGCUGCUGUCACCUAAAGAGCAGCUGUACGCACAUUACCUCUCACAGGCAUCUUGGUAUGGCGGUCUGGUGGUUCUGCUGCAGACCUCACCAGAGUCUCCAUCCAUCUACGUGCUCCUGCAGAGAAUCUUCCGGAAGCAGACGCCUGCACAGCUGGACGCGGUGGCAGCUGCAGCAGGCCUGAGCUCGGAUGAAUACCAGGCAUUUCUUGUGUAUGCUGCUGGACUUUAUGCAAACAUGGGAAACUACAAGUCAUUUGGUGACACGAAGUUCAUCCCCAAUUUGCCAAUGGAGAAGUUUAAGGCAGUGGUAUGGGAAAGCCAGGCCUAUAAGGAGAAUCCUGUUGAGAUGGAGGCUCUGUGGAACAGCUGCUCCCAACUCCUGUACUCCCUGGAAGACAAGCAGAAACAGCUUGGACUCGGGGAUGAAGGGAUCUCCACAUACUUCUCAGGGAACUGCUGUUUAAAAGAUGCCGAGUUGGCCCAAAAAUUCCUAGACUCCAAGAACCUGAGUGCCUACAACACACGUUUGUUUAAGAAGGCUUCAGAAGGGAAAAGCUGCUACGAGGUGCGCCUUGCCUCUGCAGUGAAGAAGGAUUGUGCUGUUGAGGGUGAGGGCGAGACUUGCUGUGGCACCUAUGACUUUGAGGAUUCUGUGUUUUCUGUUCAGAGAGGAGACUAUGCAUAUCUUAUGGAGAAAGUCAGCCAAAACCUGGAAAAAGCUAAGGCUUAUGCUGCCAAUGAGAACCAGAGUCAAAUGCUGGAGGAGUAUAUAAGAAGUUUCACCUAUGGAUCUGUGGAUGCUCAUAAGGAAGGCUCCCGUUUCUGGAUAAAAGACAAGGGACCUAUUGUAGAGAGUUACAUUGGCUUCAUUGAGAGCUACAGAGAUCCAUUUGGUUCAAGAGGCGAGUUUGAAGGUUUUGUUGCUGUGGUGAAUAAGGCGAUGAGUGCCCGGUUUGCACAGCUGGUAAGUUCAGCCGAAGUCUUGCUGCCUGAGCUGCCCUGGCCAGCUGCGUUCGAAAAGGAUCGCUUCCUCAAACCUGAUUUCACCUCGCUGGAUGUGCUCACCUUUGCUGGUAGUGGCAUCCCAGCAGGAAUCAACAUUCCAAACUAUGAUGAUAUUAGACAAACUGAAGGCUUUAAGAAUGUGUCCCUUGGGAAUGUGCUGGCUGUGGCAUAUGCAACACAAAAGGAGAAACUCACUUUUCUGGAGGAAAAAGACAAGGAACUCUACAUCAAGUGGAAAGGCCCUUCUUUUGAGGUGCAGGUGGGGCUACAUGAGCUUCUGGGGCAUGGCAGUGGCAAACUCUUCAUGCAGGAUGAAAAGGGAAAAUUCAACUUUGAUCAGGCUGAGGUCCGUAAUCCAGAGACGGGGGAAUUGAUUAACAGCUGGUACAAAGGCAGUGAGACAUGGGACAGCAAGUUCUCCACCAUCGCUUCGUCAUAUGAGGAGUGUAGGGCUGAGUGCGUGGGGCUCUACCUCUGUCUGAACAAGCAGGUGCUGAGCAUCUUUGGCCAUGAAGGUGAAGCGGCAGAGGAGGUAGUGUAUGUCAACUGGUUGACCAUGGUCCGUGCCGGUCUGCUAGGCCUGGAGUUUUACACACCAGAGAGCAAGAGCUGGAGACAGGCUCAUAUGCAGGCUCGUUUUGUGAUCCUGCGUGUGCUGCUGGAAGCAGGAGAGGCUUUAGUGACCUUGAGCGAGACCACCGGGGUGGACGGCCAACCUGACGCCCUCAUCACGCUGGACCGCAGUAAGAUUGACACAGUGGGCAAGAGUGCCAUCCAGAAGUUCCUCUGCAGUCUGCAGGUGCACAAGUCCACAGCUGAUGUGGAGGGAGGCAGAGCUUUGUAUGACCGCUACUCUGCAGUGACAGCUGAUGGUGCUCACAAUUUCCUGCGACUCCGCGAGACUGUGCUGCUUCGCAAGGAAGCUCGCAAGAUGUUUGUCCAGGCUAACACUCGAGUCAAAGGUGAGGCUGUGGAACUGGAGGAGUAUGAGGCGAGUGCUGCAGGCCUGAUCCAGUCUUUUACCCAGCGCUUCACUGAGGAUGCUGAGGAACUGGAGGCUCAGCUGCUGGAAAUGGCCUCCAGAGACACAGCCUGCUGGUCUGAGAGCUAAUCUUUCAGAUGAUAACUGCCUUAAGCCUGCAGGUACAAGCUGCAUCAGAGAAAGAAAUGAUAAAAUGAGAUAGAAAGAGGCUGUAAAAGGUACCCUGGAAGUGACUGUAGGGGGGGGGGACCUAACUAACCCAGUUUUGCUGCCUACACAUGCACAAUGCUUAAUGCUUUGCUUGUUCUUCCACAAAGAACAUAACUGUUAACUUACUUUUUCCUCUCAGCUCUGUGUAUGCCAAUGUCAGUAAGUCAGGUUUUUUAUUUAGAAUAUGCAAUCACUCCUCUGUAUUUGAGAUGGGACCACAGCCUACGCCUCCCACACAGAUGGAUAUGUGUUAAAGCAUCGAUGAGAGAAAAUGUGCUGUGUGAAGGCGGAGUGGGAGAAUCACUUAUGUAACCUAAACCUGUUGCACUUCUGUGAACGUUUUAACAAAUACACUCUACGUAUCAAUCAUCUUUAUGUACUGAUCAGCAAUGCCUCACAUAAUCAACUGACAUCAAAUUUCGAGUUUAGUGGGAUGUUUAGGAGUUAUUGGACUUUGAUUUUCUUGAAGGAAUUAGACCUAAAAGAAGACUUCGAUUGCUGACGAGGGAAGCAUUUCCUACCAAAUAAAGUCAUUUUUCAGAGUC